GCCCACGCUUCCUGUCGUAUACUACCAUGUCGUUGAAGACGAACACAACAUUAUCGUGGCACGCGCCGUUCUCUCAGCCUCCUUAUUUCGUCCCAGCGUCACUUUUCGUUGCAUUGUUGCUCACGCUUAUUGCUUUCUCAAUAACUAGACGGAACAACGCCUCUCGUGGAAAUGCUUUACUAUUUCUUGGACCCCCAGAAUCUGGUAAAACCUCGAUUAUGAGUCAGCUUGUAUACGGUGUAUCGCCCGCAACCCACACAUCCUUGCAAACCAAUGCAGCUCUCGUGAAUCUUCCUGGCAAGAAGCAUCCGAUCAGAGUCGUUGAUGUUCCCGGGCACCCCAGAAUUAGAGACCAAUUCCACGAUUUUUUGUUGGAUGCGAAGGCAAUCGUGUUCGUGGUGGAUGUAAAUCUGGUUUCAAGGAAUGGUCCGGCUGUAGCAGAACAUCUCCAUUCAAUUAUGAAAGCCUUGCUAUCCCUCCCACCAUCCCACAAACUCCCGACGUUAAUCAUUUUGGCGCAUAAAACAGACUUGAUCAAGGCAUCAGCUACGUCAGGUGCCUCUUCACUGGCGGUUGACCGUGUGCAGAAGAUUCUACAGCGUGAACUGGAGAAACGAAGGCUUGCACAAUCCGGUGGAAUGGGUGUAGAGACACUUGACUCGGAAGACGAGAAAUCUGACAUUACUGGUUUGGAGUGCACCAGUCCGGGAGGGGUAUUCCAAUUUGAGAGUUGGGAAGGUGGAGAAGUCGUGUUCAUGGGAAGUUCAGUCAAACUACCACCAUCGGACACCGAAAAAGGCCCAUCCUCUGGUUUACAGACUUUGGAAGAAUGGAUGGAUGAAAAUUUGUAA